GCGGGGCUCCGGCGGGGCCCGGCCUAGUCCCCACCCAGCCCGGCUCCCAGCCGCCCGCCCUCCCUCCCUCCGCCACCCCGAUGCAGGGGGCCGAGCUCCGGGACGGCGAGGCGGCGGCGGCGGCCGCUUCGUACCGGGUCCUGAGCCGCCUCCUCGGCUAUGGAGAGGCGGCCCCCGAGCCAGGCCCGUCGCCGCCGCCGCCGCCGCCCCCGGGCCAUGGCCCGUCGCCGCCGCCGCCACCCUUCCUCGCGCGGCCCGGCUCGCGGGGCGCCCGGCCGCCGCAGCUGAUGGUGUUCCGCAACGUGGGGCGGCCGCCGGAGGAGGAGGACGCGGAGGCGGCCCCGGAGCCGGGACCCUCGGAACUGCUGUGUCCCCGGCACCGCUGCGCGCUGGAUCCCAAGGCCCUCCCGCCGGGCUUGGCGCUCGAGCGGACCUGGGGUCCGGUGGCUGGACUAGAGGCGCAGCUGGCGGCGCUGGGGCUCGGACAGCCGGCGGGGCCGGGGAUCAAGACCGCCGGCGGAGGCUGCUGUCCGUGCCCGUGCCCCCCGCAGCCGCCGCCGCCGCAACCCCCGCCGCCUGCUGCCGCCCCGCAGGCCGGGGAGGACCCCACGGAGACGAGCGACGCGCUGCUGGUCCUGGAAGGCUUGGAAUCGGAGGCCGAGAGCCUGGAGACUAACAGCUGCUCGGAAGAGGAGCUCAGCAGCCCCGGCCGUGGAGGAGGAGGAGUGGGUGGCCGGCUGCUUCUGCAGCCUCCGGGUACCGAACUACCCCCGGUGCCCUUUCCGCUGCAGGACUUGGUCCCUCCAGGGCGCUUGAGCCGAGGGGAGCAGCAGCAGCAGCAACCUCCCCCACCGCCGCCGCCUCCCGGGCCCCUCCGGCCCCUCGCAGGCCCUUCUCGGAAGGGCUCCUUCAAAAUCCGCCUCAGUCGCCUGUUUCGCACGAAGAGCUGCAACGGCGGCUCGGGCGGCGGGGAUGGGACCGGCAAGAGGCCUUCGGGAGAUCUGGCAGCUUCAGCUGCGAGCCUGACAGACAUGGGAGGCUCUGCGGUCCGGGAGCUGGAUGCGGGGAGGAAACCCAGGUUGACAAGAACUCAAAGUGCCUUUUCCCCGGUCUCCUUCAGCCCCUUGUUCACAGGUGAAACAGUAUCGCUUGUGGACGUGGACAUUUCUCAGCGGGGCCUGACCUCUCCACACCCUCCAACUCCCCCUCCUCCUCCGAGAAGAAGCCUCAGCCUCCUAGAUGAUAUCAGUGGGACGCUGCCUACAUCUGUCCUUGUGGCUCCGAUGGGGUCUUCCUUGCAGUCUUUCCCCCUACCUCCGCCUCCUCCACCCCACGCCCCAGAUGCAUUUCCCCGAAUUGCUCCCAUCAGAGCAUCAGAGUCCCUGCACAGCCAGCCCCCCCAGCACCUCCAGUGUCCCCUCUAUCGGCCCGACUCAAGCAGCUUUGCAGCCAGCCUUCGAGAGCUGGAAAAGUGUGGCUGGUAUUGGGGACCUAUGAAUUGGGAAGAUGCAGAGAUGAAACUGAAAGGGAAGCCAGAUGGCUCCUUCCUGGUACGAGACAGCUCUGAUCCUCGUUACAUCCUGAGCCUCAGCUUCCGAUCGCAGGGUAUCACCCAUCACACUAGAAUGGAGCACUAUAGAGGGACUUUCAGCUUAUGGUGCCAUCCCAAGUUUGAGGAUCGCUGUCAGUCAGUGGUGGAGUUCAUUAAGAGAGCCAUCAUGCACUCCAAGAAUGGGAAAUUUCUCUAUUUCCUGAGAUCCAGGGUCCCAGGACUGCCACCAACUCCAGUACAGCUGCUCUAUCCAGUGUCCAGAUUCAGCAAUGUCAAGUCCCUCCAGCAUCUUUGCAGAUUCCGGAUCCGGCAGCUUGUCCGAAUAGAUCAUAUUCCGGAUCUGCCACUGCCUAAACCUCUGAUCUCUUACAUUCGAAAGUUCUACUAUUAUGAUCCUCAGGAAGAGGUGUACCUGUCCCUAAAGGAAGCGCAGCUCAUUUCCAAACAGAAGCAAGAGGUGGAGCCUUCCACGUAGCAGCAAGGACCCCUGCUGCUGAACAUGAAGGCAUUUGAUCGCCGGGCUCCAGCCUGAAGAACCAAAUGAAGCUACCACAAAAGAAGAAGCUGGCAGAAAGAAAAGAGCGGGUUGUGAUUCCCAGCACAGACUUUGGUUCCCCUUAGCUCUGGGGCUUGGAAGAAGCACACAACCAUCCUCCGAGUGGGGUCGCCAAUCCCCAACCCAUGAACCCCAGGGCCAGAUGAGCUCCUUGGAAAACUGGAAGAAGUCUUAACACUGUUUGUUUUCAGAAGUUAGGUUUUAGUAUUUACAUUUCUCAGUGGAAGGCAGCUGUUGGGGAUGAACAGGUCAUGGGAAGGGUGGGGCGAGGAGGCCUGGUCGUUCAGCUGAGCCAGCGGCAGCACGGAAGCUCUCUUCCAUGAACCUGGAGGAUGGGCGGGGGAGCCAGAUAGGUGCACAAGAAUGAGGUUGGAAGUUUUUGGGAAAGGCAUCUGAUUCUCAUCUCCAGCUUCAACAGGCGAGGAGAGAGAGGUGGUGCGUGAAAGAGGAACUGCCUGCUCGGUCUGUUUGCUGAGGAAGUGCUCAAUCCCACUCCUUCCCUUUCAAGUUUACAAACCUGAUUGCAGAAUCACCUCUCGUGGAAUUGGUGUGCAUUUUGUUGACUAAAUUCCUUAAGCUCAGUGACCUGAGGCAAACCCAGUUCUCCCUGCCUUCAGCCCCUUCCCCUCAGUAACUGUGGAUUUCACUUUGGUCAAACCAACACUCCUUGCUUCUGCCAGCUGUGCAGACAGCGGUGUUUCUCCUCACAUGGGCAGUUCAGCACUCCAAUCCUGGGCUGCCAGGGCUUCACCCCAACUGUCAGCAACCCCAUGCCUAGAGCAUGCUUCCAGAUUCUUUGUGGCAAAGCGUAUCCACAGCUAAGGAGUCAGUGUCACCCCGCCCGCCUGUCAGCUGGUGAGCAGAAGUGUGGAGGAAGUGAGAAACGACUAUCCUGCUCCUAGAGGAGCCUGUGCGGCUCAGCCUUAACGGGAUUUCUGUAGUGCAGAAAAGGCAUGGCGUCUCAUGGUCAUAGGCUUAUCAGUGUUGUCAUCCCACCCCUGAGAUGGAGGUGGCAAGGGCUUCUUCAUUUCCCCAUGUUCAUUCUUGCAACCCGGACAUUUCCUGAGUCAGACAGACCCUGUUGCCUUUCAUCACUGGGAACCUGUCAGAUGCUAGUUUGCCUUCCAGAUGGAUGUGGGGGGAGGGAAGGACUUGGGUGCUCGAGUAGUCUUUGUGUCAUACAAGUUGCUGUCCUACAGAGCUGCUCAAGAUGGACAGUGGGGCCGUUGGGUUCAUUACUUUCAGCCCUGUAGUAUUUCAUGGAUGGCCUUUUGAGUUCCCUCUGCUUGUGUCUGCCUCAGAUGACAAAGUAAAUAUCAGUCUUGGGGUUCCUGAUGGUGGGGUGAAGCCCUGUGUCUAGGUAACUUAGAAAACUGUCUUAUCUGGAAAGUGGCCUGUGGGUUCCCUCUGAGCAUGGCAUCACCUUCCUCCUCCUCGAACUAAAAACAGAGAUGUGUUUUCUCAGCUGGCUGUAAAGAACUGAGCCCCAGAAUGAAUGGUGUACGCGUUCACUGCUGACAUGGUCAUGGUCAUCCUAAGGUCAUGAUUCAGGACUGCCUCUGGAGGGUGCAGGCCACUUGCCAUCUUGUAGAAAGGGCGGUUCUGUAAUGGAGCCCAACACCCAAUGUUCAUAGAGGUCUUCAGUUGGUUAAUAUUUGCAGUCCAGAGAUUGUUUCUCCCAUUUCAGCCACCCGUAACAUAAAAAUUCCUUUUCAGCCCGUGUUUGCAUUGCUUGCAUGGCUGUGAGCUAGGUAGUGUGGACAAGGCUUGUAGGUGAGAACGCUGUGACAGAGACUCAAGCUGAAGUACAGAGCAGAAAUGUGUGGCAAGUGUGCAGCAGCCUUAGGUCAACAGCAUCAGAGUCCUACUGGACCGCAGUCGUUGGACAGGUCUGAAGGCCAGGGAGAAUGAGGGUGUGGUGGAGGACAGAGCCAGCAGUCAGCAGGCACCUCUGGUCCUGGGGUUCCCCGUGGAGAAUUUCUACACUCAGGUGCAAACCAUUCCUGCUCCAGCGCAAGGCAGCCUCACCCUUUCUGUCCUGGGAACAUGUGUUGUGCUGUUCUUAGGAGCUUCAAUGUUUCAGUCACAACUGGCCUGACCCUUCCUCAGCAGGAUGGGCUGCCAAACAGCAGUGUGGGAGACAGCUCUAGGAGAGGCCUGGCCUGGCCCCCAGGAGGCCUUGUUAGAAGGGGGUGAACAACUGGGGAGAGCAGUUGAGCCUGUUGAAUGUACUGUAGGCUGACAGGAGAAGGAAGGGAGUGAGGAGAGAGGGCGUGCGUGGGCCUUCAUCUUUCACAGAUGGUGGGACAAUGCUAAUUGAGUGGAGUCUGCAGGAGGAACUCGGCUUCACCUUGGUGGUUAUGUGCCAGUCACAAACUGGGAAAGGCAGUCACUUCUAGAGACCUGCUACGGUUUUCUGAGUUGUGGUUGGGGGUGUCGCUACUCCUAGACGCAGCCUGUAUAACCUUCACUCGUUUAUAACUGAUCUACUGUAACCUUCCUCAAGACGGGUAUGUCAUUGUAAGCUAGUGACAACUACUGCUGCAAGCUGUGCACUUGAAACGUGUGUCUGUGCUGGCAGUGCAGGCAUGGGGGGAGCAGGAGCUUGGCUGUGGAUCCACCUGUCCUGACUUGAUCGUGGUCGUGCGCCAAGUGACAUGCAUGUGCAUAGAAAGGUUUGGAAGUGUCUUAGCUCCUGUCUCUCCUUGUCCCACUGUCACUUGGACUAAGCCUCUGAGGCCAAGCAGGGAGUGAUGUGAUGGGAUGGCUACACAUGCCCUGUGAUGCAUGUCCCCUGAGGACUAGGAAAUAGUACAGCCCUAGAAGAGCCCCAGGGAGCCACUCUUUCAGCCUUGCCUCAUGUCCCUAGGAGGGCAUGGCCUGCUUGAAGCCCCUAUCCCAUGGGAAGUAGGAACAGGAAAAGCUUCCCCAGCUAAGAGCUUCCUCCCCUUCCUUGUUGCUUUUCUCUUACCUUUGAGCCCAGGCGUGAGAGGCCAAGUCAGCAAGAUGGAAAGAGCCGCCUACAGGUCUCAAGUCCUGCGUGAGCAAACGAGCAAGCGUGUGCCCUCAUUUGUCCAAGUCUUGUCUGGGGUGUUGGGAACAUCUCCACUGGCAGGAACUAUGGUUCGUUUUCCACUUUAAUGAGAGAAUGGCAAGCCCACUGUGUGGAGGGGAUGAGCUCUGAGUUAGACAUUUUCCCUAUGGGAAUCCUCUUGGUUUGGUUUGUGGGGCGAGGGGAGUGGAUAUGUGGUUUUUAUUUGUAGUCAUCAACACAGCUGUCCUUACACUGAAUCUGUGCUAUUGCAUACAUGUAGCCAUCUUUCUUUUCACUGCAGCAGUGUUUAUCGGUAGUUCAAAAUGAUUUAUUUGCUCCUGGGGAGUAAAACCUUUUUUAUUAAAAUAGAAAAAAGAAAAAAAAAAAAAAAAAGAAAGGUGUGCCCCAUUAUGAUAGCUGUAGAAUUAUUGGGCCACAAGAGUCACGUCUGCAAGUCCCCUGUGGUCCAUCUGUUUUGGCACUGGAGCCCUCGUGCUUAGUACAGUGUGACAGGGGCCCGCCCUUGGAAACGUGGAGAAGGACAUUUUGGGAGUGAGGUUGGGUUGAAUCACUGAGAGGGCUCUGGGGACAUAGAACUGAGGCUGAAAAUAGAGUCUGCCAGAGAAAGGACCUUUCUUUACAUGCAGAUUUCAUGUGUCCUUGAUCUUUCAUUGCUUCCUGGUGUCCUGGAUAGGGGUCACCUCCUUUCUUCUGGUGUCCCUCUUGUCUUUCCUAUUCUUUGUCCUGUCCCUUCCCACUUCAUCUACCUCCCAGAAAGCCCAUCCUGCAUGCUGAGUUUUUGACAUGCUUUCUCUCAUCCCAUCUCCAGAGGGUUUUAGAGGGUCCCUGGAGUUGCUCCCUGCCCCACUGACCCCUCCUCACAGUGCCAAGAGGCAGCAAGGAGCAGACAAGCAGCCGGGCAGACAGCAACAUUGGAUCGCAGCUGGACUGCGACGGCAGCUGCUCCUGGAGACAGAUAGGGAAAACAAGACACUCUUCUUCAUCCCACUUGCUGUGCUCUGUGGGCGGUGCGCCGAUGCCACCACUCCUCCAUCCCUGGUGCUCCCAAGAGGGGCAGGCAAGAUCCAGGCACCGCUCUGGGCAGGCCAGACAUCAGGAUGCCUGCACUGGUGCCUGCACUGGUGCUGCAUGGCACAGGCACUGACUGCUGUGCAUUCUGGUGGGUUUUCAGAAACCCUGUGCUGAGGGGUGUCAUUCUGGACUCAGUGGUUGGGGGUUUUUCACCACCGGGGAGCCGUACCCCACAACCACUCUGUCCUGCUUAGCCACCCCUGCCCUCCAAGCCAAAGUGUGGCCUGGCUUUUGUCUUCCCAUUUAGUUUCCCUACUUUAUUCUCCCUUUUUUGUGCUUAAUUUAUUAAAAUAGUUGCUGUAUAAUUUAUUUUCAUAAAGUAUAAAAAAUAACUAAAUGGUUAAAAUAGACUUGCAGGCCAAUCUUAAAUGGGGGUGGGUCUGGGGUGGGAUGGGGAGAGGGAAAGAUGUUUUGAUAUAAACAAAACAAAUGCACUUUGGGUGUGUUUUGGUAUUUUUCUGGGAAUAGAGGGGUGGGUGUUGGGAUGUCCCUGUAGAUUAGUUCCAGAGUGGGGUGUCUGUAAAUACUGUAUUAAUAGGCAUGUAUGACUCUUGUAAAGGGACAUUAGUAGCUGCUGCAGGUCCUGUUUGGAAACUCUGUGUAUAAUUCCCGGUUUUUUGUAAGUGUCAGUGCGGGAGACAUUUGACUCUUGUGUUUGUAUCUCCUUUUUAUGAUUGCUGUACCGACCCAUGUCUUUUUGGGGAGGGAUGAAAAGAGAUUUGAAAUAAAAAUGUUUAGAAAUGA